AGCACAAUAACUUGACCAAUUUUCAUCUGGAUGCAUUUUCUUCUAGGUAUUAUAAAUUCAGGCAAGCAUCUUAUUUAUGACCAUGUUAACUUUUCUUCACUCACUCUCUCUCUCUCCCACUCUCCCCUGACACACCAACUCGGCGUGUCAACUCGAUGGCGUCAUCCUCACGUGCAAGGAGUAGCUCGCCAUUCUCGCACCGCAAACCCUCAACUCCUCUCUCCUCAGCUUUCUCUUCCACUUCUUCCUUCAUGAAUGGACACGUAAUGCCUCGCUCCUAUUAAUCUUCCACGACGUCAUUUUACAACUCCAGUGGAGGUGGAUGAUCCAUGACUUCGAGUCGCUGUCAUAGCGAGUCUGUCUACUACAGCUAUGGUAAUCCUUUGCCGAUGGAGUUCGGGAUGGACGAGGAGGUGAUCACGGAGCCCGUGGAUUCGUCUAGAGUUCGGGAUAGCAUUUUGGUCACGAUUCGGUUCAGAUCGUUGAGUGAAAGAGAGUGCCAUAGAGGAGACGAGAUCGCAUGGUAUGCGGACGGUGAUAAGAUUGUGCGCAAUGAGUAUAAUCCAGCUACUGCUUAUGCAUUUGAUAGAGUGUUUGGACCGCAUACAAAUUCCAACGAGGUGUAUGAAGUAGCUGCCAAACCUGUGGUGAAGGCUGCCAUGGAGUCUUUUUGGGAGACCAAUAUUCUCCUGGUAUCAUACCACUGGCUAUCAAAGAUGUUUUCAGCAUUAUCCAAGAGGAAGAGAGUUCUUAUUCGUGUGUCAUAUCUAGAAAUAUACAAUGAGCACAAACCUGCAGGGUAUAUUACUCAAUGUGGUCCCUGUAGUUCUUGUGGAUGGCUAUAAUGUGUGUGGCUAUUGGAUGAAGCUCAAGAAAGAUUUCGUCAAAGGAAGACUUGAUAUUGCUCACCAAAAGCUGAUUGAUGAACUUCUAAGCUUUAGCAUGCUUAGAGUUCUCUCUCUCUCUCUCUCUUCCAUUGCAGUGCAACUAUUUUUCUUACAUCUUUUUUUUUUCAUUUAUAUAGAGGUGAAAAUCGUUAUUUUCUUUGAUGCAAUGAUGUCUGGACUCCCCACUCACAAGGAAGAUUUUGCUGGGUUGCAGCUUUAAAGGAGGAUGGUUGCCCCAAAGUCUGGGUAGUCACUUCUAAUCACUAUCAUCAGCAAGCAGCACAUGGAGUUGUAUGCUUCCUUCCUAUAAAUUGAAAACUUGAGUGAAAUGGAUGCAACUUGAUUGUCAAUUGUCUUCACAAUUCUUUUCCAGCUAUGAGUAUUUCACUCUCCAUAUCAAAAUAUGCAAACUAUAUAAUUUCUGCGUAGAUUAAAGGAACCUUUAUUUGGAGUUGUAAGGCAUUGGUUACUGAGCAAUGCAAUAAAUCAAACUUGGAUGAGGCUGAAUUUUCCAAAUUCCAUUAUAAUGUGAAAUGUUGGGACAUAGUUGGUAUCACUGGCUAUUGGGUUUCCAGGUUGGUCAUGCUAUAAACUAUUAGUUUACUAUCAUGAUGACCUUCACCACAUAUUGCCAAAAAAUGUACAACAAAUUUCUUUCUCUCCUUCCAUUCUUUCUUUACUAUGCCAAUGUAACUAGAAGGUCAAUUGGGGAAAACAAUUGCAUCGCCUCCAUUGUCUCCUUGAGGACUUAGACAUCGCAAGUGGGUGUUAUACAUUUGGCUCUUCAAAAGGACUCAGAGGGCUUAAUUGUAGGUAUUUGCUACUAUGCUAAUAUGUUUCAUGAACUCUUAUUCAUUGUCUAUAGAUAUUUUUGUCCAUCGGAUGGAAGCCCGAUGCUAUUGCCCUUUUAUUAGUUGGCACGAUGAUGUAUUUGUUGUCGUUGAACCUGGAGAGCUCAUUGAGAAAUUUCUACAAAAUGUUAAA